CGUGGGAAUAAUGGAUGGGAUUUAUUGCUACGGGGCAGUACAUCUCGACCUCCUCUUCUUUCGGAUCCACGAACCUCCCACGCCGCUGGGAUGAACUGGCCGAACUUCGGAGGCCCGCUCGCUCGAGCACGUACCAGGAAUCAUUCUGCCUCGUUUGAUGGCUGCGCUCUUCCACAGCACUCACCACAACAUCAUCAUCUUCCCACAUGGCGCGAUGAUGGGCAGCAGGAUUGGAGACGGCGGCGGCGGCGGCGACGGCGGUUUCUUGGUGGGAAAAUGUGGGUCAAAUGCUACUGCUUGCUGCUUGCUGCCGCUCCGCUUCCUUUUCGAACACGGACUCUCGAUCUACUGUCCUACUAUAGUGGCUACAGCUACAGCCAUGGUGCGAGGUCUCGUCGGCCUCUUUUCUGUGUUUGCGCGCCUGUGGUGGGAUCUGAUAACGUUAAUCGCACGACCAUCUACUGUGUUGUCGCUGUUGCGCUCGGUUCGGCCGGUCGUCGGCGAAUCAUCGUGUGUUUUCAGCAGUGUUGCAUUUUCCAUGUCUGUGGUUGAAAAUUCGAGUUUUCCGCGCUCGACAUCGAUGUCAGGGGAGUGAGCGAUGCGCGGCAGCA